UAUAACCCUCCAUCUCUUUCGACAAUCUGAAACGAGCUCUCCUUCUCUCUGCUUAUCAACGGCCAUGGUGCUCGGAAAGCUUGUAAAACGACAGAGUUUUGAAGCACAUUUCCCAUAGUAUAAAACUAUAGCCGUCCAUUUCUUCCGACAAUCUGAAACGAACUCUCCUUCUUUCUGCUUAUCAAAGGCCGAAAACAUGGCAAGUAAGCUGAAAGUAGACCAUCUCCGUGCCGAACUCGCCAAGCGUGGGCUUGACACCACCGGAACCAAGCUUUUUCUGGUGCAGAGACUGGCGAAAGCUUUGGUUAAUGAGGGGAAGAAAGAAGAGGAAUAUAAAGAGAAUGAUGCUGCAAAUGCAUUUGAAAAUAACAAGAAAAAGAGAGGGAGGGAGCUUAGUAAUAACAAUGAUGAAGAUUCAAACAAAGUCAAGGUUGUUGAGGGGUUUCGACAAAUGAAUGUUAAGCAAUUACGCGAACAAGCUACUCUUCGAGGUCUUUCCACUAUUGGAACCAAAAAACAACUUGUUGAAAGGCUUUGCGAAGAUGCAGACAAAAAUUCUCUUCAUGAAGUAGUUAAAGAAGAAGAACAAGAAGACGAAGAAGAAGAAGAAGAGAAAGACAGUAGUAAGGAGGAGAAGAUUGUUACGGCGACAAAGAAAGGUGCGGCAGUUCUGGAUCAGGGGAUUCCAGAUGAGAUAAAGGCUCAUUAUCAUGUUUUACAACAGGGUGAAGAUAUCUAUGAUGCCGUGUUAAAUCAGACUAAUGUUGGGCAUAACAAUAACAAGUUCUAUGUGAUCCAACUUCUAGAAUCUGAUGACUGGAAGACAUACAUGGUUUAUAAUAAAUGGGGUAGAGUUGGUGUAAAGGGUCAAACCAAGUUAAAUGGCCCCUUUACAUCUCUACAAGCUGCAGUUGUUGAGUUCGAAUCAAAGUUCUUUAACAAGACAAAUAACCAGUGGUCCAACAGAAAAGACUUUGUCUGUUAUCCAAAGUGCUAUACCUGGCUGGAGAUGGACUAUGAUGAAAAAGAAAAAGAAUCUGAUGUCAAAGGAAAGACUGAUUCUUCCAUAGGCAUUCAACUGCGGGAGACAAAGCUUGAACCACGUGUUGCUGAAUUUAUCUCGCUUAUAUGCAAUAUCAGCAUGAUGAAGCAACAAAUGAUGGAAAUAGGAUACAAUGCUGACAAGUUGCCACUUGGGAAGCUAAGCAAAUCAACAAUUUUAAAGGGCUAUGAUGUCUUAAAGAGAAUUGCUGAUGCGAUUGGCCAGUCAAACAGGAGCAGGCUUGAGCAAUUAAGUUCGGAUUUCUACACUGUUAUUCCACAUGAUUUUGGAUUUAAAAAAAUGCGUGAUUUUGUCAUUGACACACCUCAAAAGUUGAAAAAGAAGUUGGAAAUGGUUGAAGCCCUGGGAGAGAUAGAGGUUGCAACAAAAUUAUUAACGGACAACACCAUGAUGGAGGAAGAUCCUUUACAUUAUCGUUACCAACAGCUUCAUUGUGACCUGAUGCCACUUGAUGAUGAUUCUGAGGAAUUUGCUAUGAUUGCAAACUAUACUCAGAACACUCAUGCAAAGACACAUUCACAUUAUAGUGUUGAUAUUGUUCAAGUAUUCAAGGUGGCAAGGGAAGGUGAAGUUGAACGAUUUAAGAAGUUCUCUGGAACCAAAAAUAGAAUGCUUUUGUGGCAUGGUUCUCGGCUUACUAACUGGACUGGCAUUCUGUCCCAAGGUUUGCGCAUUGCCCCACCUGAAGCACCUGUGACAGGUUACAUGUUUGGAAAGGGGGUUUACUUUGCUGAUAUGUUCUCCAAAAGUGCAAAUUAUUGCUAUGCUAGUUCUACCUUUACAACUGGUGUGCUGCUUUUAUGCGAGGUUGCACUAGGUGACAUGGCUGAGCUUCUACAAGCUAAAAGUGAUGCUGAUAAGCUGCCGGAUGGGAAGUUGAGCACAAAAGGUGUUGGUGCAACUGCACCAGAUCCCUCUGAAGCCCAGACCCUUGAUGAUGGUGUCAGAGUUCCCCUGGGAAAGCCAAAGGAGCAAAAACGUGAGGGUGCUUUAUGGUACAAUGAAUACAUAGUCUACAAUGUCGAUCAGAUCAGGAUGCGCUACUUGGUUCAAGUUAAUUUCAAAUACACGUAAGUAGUUUUCCAUUCCACCCAUCACCAUUUUAUGGUUCUUAAUCUCCCUCUUUAUUUUGUAAAUUCUGCAAGGCUAUUUGCUUUGUCUCUGUUACCCCUUUUACAAUAACCAGGCAGGGGACUUGUCCUGCUUUAGUGCUCUUAUUUCAUACAUUUUAGAUUUAAUGAAUUGAUUCCAAUUUUAUACUAUAAAUUUGAAUCUUGGAGGUAUAAUUUAUUUUCAUUACUUCAUAUUGAAGAAACU